GCUUCGGGCAUCUCCUUCACCUGAGCACCCUCGCCUAGCACCGGGCCCUAGCCCGGAGGAGGCUGUCAGCGUUGGCUGACCGCUACACCAGCCACACCGUCUUCCCUUCUGGCUAGGGCCUUGCCAUGCGGGCAGGGAUGGGCAAGAGGCUUUGGGCCUGGGCGGGUCCAUCUUCAGUCUAAACAGGCAUAAGCACAGCUGCCCAAGGGGGCCGGCAGAUAACAGAAACAGGUGAAGUGGCCUGAGGGCAGUCCCCACUCCAGCUGGUCACUACCAUACAGAACAUGGCUGUUGCCACAACUUAUUUCUUUUGAGAAGCCAGAAAUAGGAAUUUUAAUUGGCUAUUCAUUGGAAAAAAGAAAUGUGUAUACACCCUACAGUCCAUUGGACUGCAACCUCUAGAUUAAUAUGUAUUCCUGAGAGGACAGUGACCCGCAGCCCCACGCUAACUCUGGCCACCCCAUCUCCCUUCCAGGCAUGUCGGCCGCUGCUCCAGAUUUUCCCUGUCCCCAGACCCAAGAUGACACCCAACAGCACCAGGGAGGAGCCCGGCGCUGUGCCCGUGGGAGCCUUUGGGCUCUCCCUGGUCCUGGCGAGCCUCAUCGUCGUGGCCAACCUGCUCCUGGCCCUGGGCAUUGCCGGGGACCGCCGCCUGCGCAGCCUGCCUGCCGGCUGCUUCUUCCUGAGCCUGCUGCUCGCUGGGCUGCUCACAGGGCUGGCGCUGCCCACGCUGCCAGGCCUGUGGCGCCAGAGCCGCCGAGGCUACUGGCCCUGCCUCUUCCUCCACUUAGCUCCCAACUUCUCCUUCCUCUCCCUGCUCGCCAACCUGCUGCUGGUGCACGGGGAGCGCUACCUGGCCGUGCUGCGGCCGCUCCGGGCCCCCGGGAGCGCCCGGCUGGCCCUGCUCCUCACCUGGGCCGGCCCCCUGCUCUUCGCCAGCCUGCCCGCUCUGGGGUGGAACCACUGGGGCCCUGGCGCCAACUGCAGCUCCCAGGCCGUCUUCCCGGCCCCCUACCUCUACCUCGAAGUCUACGGGCUGCUGCUGCCCGCCGUGGGCGCCGCGGCCCUGCUCUCCGCCCGUGUGCUGGCCACGGCCCGCCGGCAGCUGCGGGGCAUCCGCCGGCAGGAGCGGGCCGUGUGCCGCGGCGCGCCCUCGGCCCUGGCCCGGGCCCUGGCCUGGCGGCAAGCGCGGGCCCAGGCCGGAGCCACGCUGCUCUUUGUGCUGUGCUGGGGACCCUACGUGGCCACCCUGCUCCUCUCGGUGCUGGCCUACGAGCAGCGCCCCCCGCUGGGGCCUGGAACUCUGCUGUCCCUGGUCUCGCUGGGCAGUGCCAGCGCAGCGGCCGUGCCCGUGGCCAUGGGGCUGAGUGACCACCGCUACACGGCUCCCUGGAGGGCAGCCGCCCGAAGGUGGCGCCGGGGGCUGCGGGGAAGAGCCUCGCGGAGCAGGCCUGGGCCCGGCACUGCCUACGGCACCGGCAGCCACAGCAGCACAGACCUGGACUUGAACUAGAAGCAUCCAUCCAUCUCAGCCACGCCCGUCCCCACCUGCCUGCACACCCGUGGGUCCGAGACCCUGCCCUUUCAUUGGGGGAAUAAAGCUCCUCUGGCCGA